AUGAACAAUGUUUCGGCAGAACUCCUUGGAGGAAUCGUUUAUGCAUCAGAUGCUCACCUCGUUUGGGAAGACCUGCGAGAGAGAUUUGACAAAGUCAAUCGAGUGCGAAAUUUUCAAUUACACAGGGAAAUUGCGACCUUAUCACAGGGCACUAACUCUGUUUCAGUGUAUUUUUCACGGAUAAAGGAGCUUUGGCAUGAAUAUGAUGUACUGGUACCGUUUUCUGAUUGUGGCUGUCGAAAAGCAAGAGAUCAUGUGGAACAAAUGCAUCAACAAAGAGUUAUGCAAUUUCUGAGCGGCCUCAAUGAUUCAUAUGAUCAAUCAAGGCGACAGAUCCUUAUGAAGACUAAUGCGCCUAAUCUCAAUCAAACUUAUGCGAUGAUAAUUCAAGAUGAAAGCCAACAAUCUAUUGGAGCUACUGUUUUAUUAGAUAAAAUGGAUCCUAUAGCUAUGCAAGCUGGAAGAGAUCUUUACAGUGGUAGGGUGAAGGGGAUUGGUAGAGAGAGAGGAGGCUUAUACAUUCUGAAGGAGAAUUCAGAUGUAAACAGACUUGCUAGAAUAAGAGCUGUUGCAGUAAGCAAUUACAGUGAAGAAGGCAAUCUAUGGAACAUGAGGUUGGGCCACCCAUCUGUUACAACUAUGAAUCAUAUAGAAGACUUAAGGAAUAAAGUUAGUAGGACUAUACAAAAUGAUUGUCCUGUAUGUCCACUAGUAAAGCAGUCUAGAUUGCAAUUUCCUGUUAGUAGUUCUAGAGCUGAUUUACCAUUCAAUCUUAGCAGUUGCCCAUAUACUCCACAACAGAACGAUGUCGUGGAAAGGAAGCACAGGCAUAUCCUAGAUGUGGCAAGGGACUUAAGGUUUCAGGCAAGUAUUCCUAUAAGGUACCGAGGUAUGUGUGUGCAAGCAGCAGUCUAUUUGAUAAAUGGGCUACCUUCUAGAGUUUUGAAUGGUAAGGUUCCUUAUGAGAUGUUGUAUCAGAAGAAGCCAACUCUUGGACACAUCAGAGUUCUAGGAUGUUUGUGUUAUGCUAAAAGGUUGGUCAAGGGAGACAAGUUUGCUCAAAGGGCCAAUGCAACAGUACUUCUUGGUUUUUCAGAAACCCAAAAGGGCUACAUAUUACUUGAUUUGUCUUCUAAUCUAUUUUUUGUAAGCAGGGAUGUGGUGUUCAAAGGGUCAAUUUUCCCUUUCAAACAAAAAUAUGUGGUACUUCCAAGUGUUUAA